AGCACUACUUACAGACAUAUUUGAAGCAGUUGGAAUUAACCUGUAUCUGUUCCCUUAUGGUGUUCUCCCAACUGGCCCGGAGAGAGAGGCAUAAUUGAGGUUGUGCCUAAUACACGGAGCAGAAGUCAGAUGGGUGAAACCACCGAUGGUGGUUUGUAUGAGAUUUUUCAACAAGACUAUGGGCCUGUUGGCUCUUCUAGUUUUGAAGCUGCCCGUGAGAACUUUAUCAUUAGCAGCGCUGGUUAUGCAGUUGCCAGCCUUUUACUUCAAGCAAAGGAUAGGCACAAUGGGAAUCUUCUUUUUGACAAUGUGGGAAGGCUUGUUCAUAUCGAUUUUGGUUUCAUAUUGGAAACUUCGCCGGGUGGAAAUAUGCGUUUUGAAAGUGCACACUUUAAGCUGAGCCAUGAGAUGACGCAAUUACUAGACCCAUCCGGGACUAUGAAGAGUGAAACUUGGAACCUAUUUGUAAGAUCCUCAUCUUCAUCGCCGAUUUGUUCUGGGUUCACCUUCAUUGCCGAUCUUCAUUGUCAUCGCUGUCCCAUGCCGCCUACCCAUCUUGCCCAAUCCUCCAUCUCACCGCCGAUCCAAGCACCAUUGUCGACCUAAGCUUCAUUGUCGAUCCAAGCUCCACCAGCACUGCCUUCAUCAAACUCAAGAGCAUUGCGGAUUUCAUGGUUGGCUGGAUUUCGUGGGUUUCUCUGGGUUUCGUUAUGGUGGUUUGGCUGGGUUUCAUGGUGGUUGAGUUUUGUGGGUCAGUGGUGGUGUGGCUAUGUUGGUGGUGAUUUGUGUGGUGGUUUUUGGCUAAUUUGGAUUUUCGGCAGUGGUUGUGGGUGGUUUUUCUUGGCUUGCCAAUUGUUGUUGGGUAGUUGUUUUUGGUUGGCUGUGGUGGUAGAUCGGUUUGAGUGUUUUUAUUGUA